AUGAUUUCCAUUGGGGUUGAUUUUGGUAAUAGCUUGAACGAGAACAUUGCCCUUAGGCUCCUGCAUUGGAACACUUGGGCCCAGGCACCUCACUGGGGUUGGAGGAACUGGUCCCUCAAUGUAAACCAUUAUGCCAACAAGAAAAGGGCCACAGAGAGCAAGCUAGCCAUCACAUUGCUUAUGACCAACACAACUCAUCUGAAGGCCAUGGUGGAGCAAGGUCAUUACUUCACCUUCUUUGUGUCCCUGGUGGUCCUUGUUUUCUUCUCUCUUGUGCUGAAGAUUGGAGUGGGCAUGCUGCUUAUCUUCCUGGUCAAGUAUGACCAUAACAACCUGGCCAAGGAUGCCAAGCUGGACUUCCUUAACAAGCAGGUCACGGGACUGGUAUUCAUCAUCAUGGUGGUCAACAUUUUCAUUAUGGACUUUGAAGUCCAGAAGCCUGUAAUGGACAGGGCACCCCAGCAGUAG